GCUGCUUUCCGCUGACCACCAGCCAUGAGUAUGCUCAGACUUCAGAAGAGGCUGGCCUCCAGCGUCUUGCGCUGUGGCAAGAAGAAAGUGUGGCUGGACCCAAACGAAACCAACGAAAUUGCCAAUGCAAACUCCCGCCAACAAAUUCGUAAGUUGGUGAAGGAUGGUUUGAUCAUCAAGAAGCCCGUCACGGUUCACUCCCGUGCUCGAUGCCGCAAGAAUACUCUUGCACGAAGGAAGGGUCGUCACAUGGGCGUUGGUAAGAGAAAGGGUACCGCAAACGCACGUAUGCCCGAGAAGUUGUGCUGGAUGAGACGCAUGCGUAUCCUGCGUCGACUUCUGAGACGUUACAGAGAGGCCAAGAAGAUCGACAGGCACAUGUACCACAGCCUGUAUCUGAGGGCAAAGGGUAACGUGUUCAAGAACAAGCGCAUCCUGAUGGAGCACAUACACAAGCUCAAAGCAGACAAGGCCCGCAAGAAGCUCUUGGCUGAUCAGGCUGAAGCUCGUCGUACAAAGACCCGUGAGGCCCGUAAGCGUCGCGAGGAGAGACAGCAGGCUAAGAAAGAGGAGAUCAUUAAAACUCUUUCCAAAGAGGAUGAGACCAAGAAAUAAGUUUGUCUUUCUGCUGUCCCCUAUGUGUUGUUUAAUUCACUUAAGUGAUGAAAAUAAACACUGUUUGUUACA